AUGUUCAUUCUUACCACGUUUGAGGAUCUAGUGCAAAUCCCGCCUUAUGGGUUCUUGAACAACCAAAUCACCCGCGAAGACCUCGAGGACAGAAUCAAUGAGAAAUACUCAAACAAGGUAGUGCAGAAAGUCGGACUCUGUAUCUGCAUGUACGACCUCCUCAAGGCUUCUGAUGGCUUGAUCGGAAAUGGCACAGGCAAUGCCAACGUCAAUGGUGGGAAAUCUGCUUUGCCGACAUUCUCCGAUGAAGAUGAACAGACGUGGAUUUGGAAGACGGGAGAUGCCUCGCUGUAUUUUGAUCCGGCUACCGUCGUCAACUUGCGCGUUGAGUCCGAGAAAUGGCAUGAUCAGGCACCCAAAGGUCCUCAGGCCGAAGGCGAGGCUGAAAAGCAGACCGAGCGCAAAGUUCCCUACGCUAUCGAGGCUUCGAUGGCCGAGUCUGGGCUGGGAGGCGUAGACUGGUGGUGA